AUGGCAUCGUCCUCAAACUAUCACAUUCCGGCCUUGGCUGCUAUGGCUGGCAUUGCCAUUGCUGCGUCCGGUUAUGCAUUAUCAAGCAGCAGCGCUGAAUCGAGAAGGAGACGGAAACGAAUCAGGUCAAAGAUCCUCAAAGAGCGAGAUGCCAAAUACAUUACGGGGCUGAUCAAUACCGGCAACUCUUGCUUCAUUAACUCUGUACUUCAAGCUCUUGCUACAUUGGCUUCACUUCGAUCCUACCUGGCAGAGCGUGUGGAUGAACGAGGCGAUGAAUUGGAUACAUUGGAAUUAUCAAGCAACGAGUAUGUUUUACAAUCCGUGGCGUAUGCAUUGUACACUACGAUUGAACAACUCAACAAACCAUUGAGUCGACCCCGAUCAAUGGCACCUACGGAUUUGCUUCAUGCACUGGAACGCAAGACCAAUGGCACUAUCAAUCGUGAACAACAGGAUGCUCAGGAGCUUUUCCAAAUUAUAUCACAUGCUCUCUCUUCGGAAGAGGAAAUCCAAUACCGGGAAGAGCCGUCGUCUCUUUUGGAUGCUGGGACUCUACGAAAGAUGACGGGGGAACAUGAUUCCGGAUGUGCAUCACCGGUGGCACUUGAUAAUCUCGAGACAGCUUCAGUAUCCUCGGUCGGCACCAUGGGAUCCAUGUGGAGUUCGUUUUCCGUAUCCUCGGUUGGUGGCCACUUACGACAUAGACCACGACGUCCACGAAAUCCUUUUACAGGCUUGUCAGCUACCAAGAUUAGUUGCAUGAAAUGUGGAUAUACGGCACCUAUCCGACACAAUACAUUUGACAAUAUAUCCCUGACGAUUCCACAAACGUUGAGCUGCACACUUCAAAAUUGCAUUGAUACAUACACCAAGGUGGAUAUGCUGACCGAUUUCCGAUGUCGCAAAUGCAUGCUCCUAGCGACCCUGGAGGCGCUUCAACAAGAACAAGGCAAAAUGGCAGGUUACUCUGAUGAAGAAAAGGCUGAGCAUGCUGGUAAGAUCCAAGUGCUCAAGGAUGCUUUGAGAUACAAUGUGGAGGCACCUUUGCCUGGCAUUCCAUUGGUGAAUCCUUCAACUACGUCAUGCACCACAAAGCAGACCAUGUUCGCCAAUCCACCAAAAUCAUUAUGUUUCCAUUUGUCACGAUCGGUGUAUCAUCCUUCCGGCAUUGUACAAAAGAACCAUUGCACCGUGAGAUUCCCUGAAUACUUGGAUAUGGCACCCUAUACAACGAAUGGAUUUCUCAACACAGCUGAUCCUGCUCAAUCACUCAGCAGUCCCCCCGCACCCAUUUCUCCUCAAGCACGCACUUCACGCACGAGCCUAGUUUAUCUCCGCAAUAUGGCUGCUGGCAAUCGUUUCGUGCACGGACGUGAUGGCUUGAAUGUGGCACUCGGCUCAUCAAAGGAUAACAGCGAUCUCGUUCAAAACGCCUUGCCUUCAUUAUCCUUGCCAGCUGUACGUUCGAUUCCUUAUCGUCUCAAUGCUGUCAUUGUCCACUAUGGCGGUCAUGAAUCAGGUCAUUUUAUCACAUACAGACGCAAAAAGCUACCCACUGGUCAUGAUGUACGAAAACCAUUCACCAACGACGAUCAUCAUUCCCCCGUACCAGAAACAUCCACAUUUUGGCGAUGCAGCGAUGAUGCUAUAGACGAGGUAGACAUUGACACCGUGUUGUCAUGCGAAGCUUAUAUGUUGUUCUAUGAACGUGAUGUAUAA